GUACCGCAAUGCUGGCUGUGUGAGAAAGCAAGCACUAUUUAUUUGGUCCUUAUCUCGUGUUCAUCCCGCUGUGUUUAAAGCAUGGAUUUGGCAUUUUAACUUUCAUAUCGCAAACAUGUUCUGUACUCUUUAAUCACCUCAAGUAUCUUCAUCUACACCACAAUGGACGAAGAGGUGGGAAAGGUGCUCAGAGAUCUGCCACUACGGCUGCAAAGUGCCAGUAUCAAAGAAAGGAAGGACCUCUUUUCAACCCUCAGCGCAACACUUGAAAGCCAAGAAGUUACCGAACCUCUUGUGAAAGUAUUAUGCAGAGGGCUAUUGAUAGUUCUCCCACGGUACCAUGACAAAGCUUCCCAAGCCUGUGUCAAUGAGUUUGUCCUUAAAUUAGUGAAACUUCAUCCUAACUGGACUUCAAAGUAUCUGACUAGUGUCCUUCUUGACGUUGCAUCGUCUCUGCUGCAGCUUGUACCGACUAAAAAUACCGGUAGAUCUGGCUUGUUUGCACUUCAGUGGUCUGUGAUAUUGGUUGACCAUGGGCUUACAAAAAACUCAACGGAUGAUUCCAAAGCAGAACUUAGUAAUCUAGUUGAAAUUCAAUCUAAGUUGUUUAGCGCUGCUGUCGGAGCUAGAUACCCCAAGAUCACUCGGAAAGCUUACAAGUUGCUGUCACAAAUGUGGAUUCUGUCACGUCACAUCUUGGAACAGUACCAGCAAAUUAUAUUAGGUUCUGAGUCUCAUCCUCACUUGCUGAUUUUUGGCGCUUGCCUCUUAGAAAAUUUGUCCGCAGCACAGAAAGAUGUCAUUCCUAAUUUCAAGACUUGUUUGUUAGAUUGGUUCAUCAAGCUGUGUAUCAGUUGCAAAACUGAACCCGGUGCACAUAUUGUAUCUGAAAGUAAAGGAUUACUCUCGAAAAUCACCCUGGAGGAAUGCAAAACUCAGUUGAUACCAGCGCUUUCUCGGGCUAUGUUACGAAAUCCUGAAGUAAUCUUACCGAUUAUUUUCUACGUCAUCACGAAUUUGGAUCUGGAUUUAAGUCAAGUUGCUGCUGAUUUUUCAAAAAGUUUAUCUGGGAGUCUAGUAUCUACGAACACAAAAAUGAGCGAAUUGGCAUCCAAUGCACUCCAUGAGGUCGGGAAGAAAUGCCUCCAACCAUCUGGGAUUGAAGCUAUUUUUGAUCAUCUUUUCAAUGUCUUCAAUGGUUCGGAAGGAAAACUCACUCUUCCAGCUCCUAAAAUCUGCAUUUUAGAGACUGCUGGCCGUUUAGUCAAUAACAGUAUUGCUGCUGAGGAACUUGAACUUUUAUCUGCAGUCAUCGCAAAGCACUUUGUGAAGGUUCUUCAAACAGAAGUUCAUGAAAAGACGCUUAUCACCACUCUUCAGAGAAUGUCUCCUUGGUGUUCAAAUUUUAAGACCUUCAUCCCUGAAAACAUCUCCUCCGUAUUAUUGAAAGGACUAGAAAACAAAUCUUUAGCGCCAGCUCUAAAAAUUGCCUACAUAGAAUGCUUGGGUGUAUGCUAUCAAGGCGAAACAUUAGGACUUGGUUUGACUCUUGUGCCACAGUUAAUGAAAAGUGUAGAAAAAGCAGCCGCUCAAUCUUCGCAGGUUAUGGUAGUAAGUGAAGGUAUUAGUGCUGCUUGGUUCUUAGCUAAACUCUCACAAAUUGAUGAAAUCAAUAGCAAAUCAAAAUACGACCCUCUCUGGAACUCUGUUCUUGAUAUGGACAAGCAAAUUUUUGUCUCUGAUAAAAUUACUACCCAAAUUUCUGACGAAACACUCAUAAGUUUAGUCCGACUAUGCAAUUUUGUAAUAAACAAGAAAUCUGACUCUGUCACUGGCAGCUUAAGUCCCUUAUACAAAGUGUUGGUCUAUGGAGCUAUUUCUUGUAAUAAGCUAGUUCAUGAAACGUCUAGUCAAUUGAUCAAACCAUUGAUAUCUUUGUCACAUCAGCAUUCGAUAGCGCUCAUCGUUGAAUUUUCCAAAAUCCUGUCUUCGGUCAAAGUUAAGAGCUGUGAUAAGUCUGAUCGGGAAGUGCGUGAAAACUCCGCAGAUUCCGGGAAUGAGGUAACGACAAAAAGUCUCAGAGCUGGUCUGUUAGCGCUCACAACGAGCGAGCACCCGUACAAUCAUCCCGAAGCUUUGCUUAUCGCCAAAGAGUCACUCUUACCCUCGCAUCAUCCUCAUGUUUAUUGCCCCAUUCAGAGCAUUUGGUUGAGAAUACUCAAGUUUCACAAAUUGGAUCCCGGUAAAAUCAUUGGUGCUCAAAAAAUGUUCAUACAAGUCUUAAUCGAUGAAUUCAAGAUAGCCCCGAUGGAAAAAAAUGCCCUCUUUGCGACGAUGAAAUACAAUGCAGAAGUCCUCGUUCACUAUUAUGUGAAGAAGGUGUCGAAGAUACUCAAUGAUGCUGAGCUGAAUAAAAUAACGGAUGAUGACUACUUUACCUACCUCACGCCUGAAGGAGAGCUGUACGAUAAAUCUGUCAUCACAAACUCGGAAACAGAGAACAGUUCCAUAGCUGUCAAUGUGAAACGAGAGAGCAAAGCUUACUCUUUCAAGGAGCAACAGGAAGAAAUGCAGCUAAGGAAAGAGCUUGAAGAGAAGAAGAGAAAAGAAGGGAAGAUCAAAGAGCCAGAAUACACACCCAAGCAGAAAGAAGCCAUCAAAGCUCAACUACAGAAAGAAAGCGCUAUUCGGAAAAAGUUAACCCAGUUGCAAGAGAACGUUCAGCGGGCAAAAGAAAUCCUAUCUGUGAUGUGCGAAUCGGAUUCAGUCUCGUUUUCUUUUCGCUUCAAAGAUCUUCUUCCGUUGAUCACACGCAACAUGCAGUCACCUAUUGCAGCCCCGCACAUGACAGAAUUGAUAAUCAAAUUUUCCACUGCUGUAUUUCCACCAAAAUCAGAAUUUUUCGUAAUUGGUCAAAGAGUCGUGCACAAUACCCUACGUCUCCUCAAACCCAAAUGUGCGUUAGAUCCCGCGUGGGAAGCUGAGGACCUAUCAGAGGCCGCAAGUAAAGUCGUGAGGAAGCUGCAUGAAUCAACUAAUCUCAAAGACAACAAGAAACCGUUCCCCUCCCCAACAUUUUGUUUUUGCAUAGCAUUCCUAAAACCGGCACUGCUCUCUCUAAUCUCCGUUAACCCAGAAAAUGAAUUGAUUGCAUUUGGAAUAUCAUUUAUUGCAAAUCAUGCAACAUUGCGCAAAGAUCCCAGUAAAACUUUAGAUUUAAAUGACCCGAAACACAUGCCCCGGAAAAUGAUUUAUGACUUUCUGUUCGAGGUUAUCUGUUUGACGCAAGGACGCAUUCAGCAACAGGCCUGCAAUGCUGUUGUUGAUGUUGCAUUUUGUGCAUCAGGAGAAGAAGGCUGUGAUGUAGCUAGUACAGAAGAAAUUGAUUCAUUCCUUUGUGGACUUCAGAACGGGAACGCUUAUGUCAGAGAUUCUGCAUUGCGUGGAAUGCUUCAAAUUGUCCCAAGUUUACCAACUCAGGAGAGAAACCCCAAACUUUUCCCCAACUUUACAAAAAGAAUCUGGGUCGCUCAAUUUGAUUCAGUCGAAGAAAAUAAAAACCUUGCAAAAAAGCUGUGGGACACUUGUAAUCUAAGUAUCAAUAUCAAUGGGCUCUGUAAUUACCUCCUAGAGGAUGUGACGCAUCCUGUUUUGAGUGUACAAGAAGCAACAGCGUGUGCCCUGGCAGCUUAUCUUGAAGAAUCGCCCCCUGAGCUAACGAAUAUGGCAAUCAAAAGUUUACUCAAAGCUUAUAAAGACAAAUUAACCAUGUUGCCGCCAAAAAUGGACAUGUUUGGUCAUGUGAUUGAAGAACCUGUGGAUGUCUGGGAGCCUCGAGUUGGAAUUGCCCUGGCCUUGACACAGCUAGCGCCGCUGUUGAGCCAGGAAAACAUUUUAAAGUUAAUUGCAUUUUAUGUAUCAACGGGAUUAGCUGAUCGUCAAAGUGUUGUCAGGGAACAUAUGUUGCAGGCAGCAUUGGCUGCUGUUGAACAUCAUGGAAAAGAUAAUAUCAAUAGCUUACUGCCUGUUUUUGAGCAAUUUCUGGACAAAGCUCCCAAGUCUGCGGAAUACGAUUCACAGCGCCAUUCCGUCGUGGUUCUCAUGGGUUCUCUAGCCCGUCAUUUAGACAAAGAUGACAAGAAAAUCAAGCCAAUCGUUCAAAAACUAAUCAAAGCUCUUGCAACGCCUUCACAACCUGUCCAAGAAGCUGUCGCAAACUGUCUCGUGCCUCUGGUGCCCUCGAUCAAAGAUGAUGCUCAGGGUAUUAUUAAGAAGCUACUGCAGCAAUUGUUCAAUUCGAAUUCGUACGGUGAGCGCAAAGGAGCCGCUUAUGGUUUGGCAGGAAUGGUCAAAGGGCUUGGUAUUCUAGCAUUGAAGCAAUUUGAAAUCAUGGGCACUUUAACGAGUGCUAUUCAAAACAAGAAAAGUUACAAACACCGGGAAGGUGCUCUCUUUGCUUUUGAGCAACUUUGCCAUGCGUUGGGACGUUUGUUCGAGCCAUAUAUAAUUCACGUGUUGCCGCAUCUUCUUUCUUGUUUCGGCGACAGUAAUAACUACGUGCGAGAAGCAACAGAUGAGUGUGCGAAAGUUAUCAUGGGUAAAUUAUCUGCACAUGGAGUCAAAUUAGUUUUACCCGCAUUACUUGCAGCUCUAGAUGAAGACUCUUGGCGCACCAAAACUGGAUCUGUAGAAUUGCUUGGAGCCAUGGCCUACUGUGCCCCAAAACAACUGUCAUCCUGUUUGCCAAGCAUUGUACCAAAGCUAAUUCAAGUCUUGAAUGACUCCCAUAUUAAAGUCCAACAGAGUGGAAACGAAGCAUUGAAAGUAAUCGGUUCAGUCAUCAGGAACCCAGAAAUUCAAGCGAUAGUCCCAGUCCUACUAGAAGCUCUUCAGGAUCCAUCACGCAAGACUGCACCCUGCCUCCAAACCUUGUUAGAUACUAAAUUCGUCCACUUCAUCGAUGCACCAUCCCUUGCAUUGAUCAUGCCUGUAGUCCAACGAGCGUUUAUGGAUCGAUCGACAGAAACUAGGAAAAUGGCUGCCCAGAUCAUCGGGAAUAUGUAUUCCUUAACAGAUCAGAAAGAUUUGACACCUUACCUACCUACUAUAAUUCCUGGUCUGAAAACUUCACUCUUAGAUCCAGUUCCAGAGGUUAGGAGUGUUUCGGCUCGUGCCUUGGGUGCCAUGGUACGUGGUAUGGGUGAGUCCAGUUUCGAAGACUUAUUGCCAUGGUUAAUGCAGACGUUGACCUCUGAAACCAGUUCUGUGGAUCGCUCAGGAGCCGCUCAAGGUUUGAGUGAAGUUGUCGGUGGAUUGGGAGUGGAAAAACUCCACAAGUUGAUGCCAGACAUCAUUGCAACUGCUGAAAGAUCAGACAUCGCACCUCAUGUGAAGGAUGGUUACAUAAUGAUGUUCAUUUACAUGCCAGUGGUUUUCACCAAUGAAUUCACUCCUUACAUCGGUCAAAUUAUCAAGCCUAUCUUGAAAGCUCUCGCUGAUGAAAAUGAAUUCGUUCGAGAUACGGCAUUGAAAGCUGGUCAAAGGAUAGUCAAUCUUUAUGCGGACUCCGCCAUACUUUUGUUACUGCCGGAACUAGAGAAAGGUUUAUUCGAUGAUAAUUGGCGUAUUCGUUUCAGUUCAGUACAGCUGUUGGGUGAUUUAUUGUACAGGAUAUCUGGAGUUUCAGGGAAAAUGACCACAGAAACAGCAGAUGAGGACGAUAAUUUCGGUACCGAGCAGUCCCAUGUUGCUAUCAUAGAAAUCCUAGGUCCUGAAAGGAGAAAUCGAGUACUGGCUGGGUUGUAUAUGGGCCGGUCAGAUGUUUCUCUCAUGGUGCGCCAAGCUGCUCUUCAUGUGUGGAAAGUGGUGGUUACCAAUACCCCCCGAACUUUACGUGAAAUUCUCCCAACCCUUUUCUUGCUUCUACUUGGUUGUCUGGCUAGUACCAGCUACGACAAGCGACAAGUGGCCGCUAGGACAUUGGGCGACCUGGUACGCAAACUAGGUGAGCGGGUGCUGCCUGAAAUCAUUCCAAUCCUUGAAAAAGGUCUUGAAUCCGAUGAGCCGGAUCAAAGACAAGGUGUUUGCAUCGGUCUAUCUGAAAUAAUGGCCUCUACUUCUAGAGAAAUGAUUCUUGCUUUUGUAAAUAGUCUAGUACCAACUGUGAGGAAAGCACUGUGUGACCCUCUGCCUCAAGUCAGGGAAGCCGCAGCCAAAACGUUUGACAGUCUGCACGCGAAUGUAGGAGUUCGCGCGUUGGAUGACAUCUUGCCAGUCAUGUUGGAAGGUCUCAACAACGAGGACCCGGAACUUGCCGAGCGCACUUUAGAUGGACUGCGUCAAGUCAUGGCCAUCAAAUCUCGUGUUGUCUUACCGUACUUAGUGCCGCAACUUACAGCACCACCUGUAAAUACUAAAGCACUUUCCAUACUAGCUGCUGUUGCCGGCGAUGCCCUUACCAAACAUCUGGGAAAAAUUUUGCCGUCCCUCCUCACUGCUUUAUCUGAAUCCAGUAACUCCGCUGAAGAAUUAGAAUACUGUCAAGCUGUAGUUUUAUCCGUGUACGGUGAAGCAGGCAUCAGGAUAGUCAUAGAUCAGCUUCUCGACUCUACAAAAUCAGAGAAGAUCGAGGCCUGCCGAUCUGCUGUCACGUUAUUAUGCGCUUUUUGCACGCACACAAAAGCUGACUAUACGAUAUUCGUCCCUCAGCUUUUGCGCGGCUUAAUCCAUUUGAUGACCUCUUCAGACCAAGAUGUUUUAAUGAUGAGUUGGGAAGCCCUCAACUCUGUCAUCAAAACUCUCGACCCUGCUGUGCAAACAGAAUAUGUGUCGGACAUCCGUCAAGCUGUUAGGUUUGCUAUCAGUGACAUGAAAGGUCAAGAACUUCUACCUGGUUUCUGCUUGCCGAAAGGGAUCACUCAUGUCCUGCCUGUUUUCAGAGAGGCCAUUUUGAAUGGCCCACCGGAAGUGAAGGAACAAGCUGCACAAGGACUGAGUGAGGUUAUUCGAGUAACUAGUGCCAAGGCACUGCAGCCAUCAGUAGUCCAAAUCACCGGACCGAUGAUUCGAAUCCUCGGAGAUCGCUUCAACUGGAGUGUCCGUGCAGCUGUGCUGGAAACCUUAGCCGUGCUUCUAGCCAAAGUUGGUAUUAUGCUGCGACAAUUUUUACCACAGUUACAAACAACAUUUCUCAAAGCUCUUAAUGACACAAAUCGUACAGUUAGACUAAAAGCUGCAUCCGCACUCAGCCAUCUCAUAGUGAUCCAUAAUCGUGUCGACCCACUGUUUUCUGAGUUGCACACAACCAUCAGAACAACGGACGAUAGUGGAAUCCGUGAAACGUCUCUCCAAGCUUUGCGAGGUGUGAUCACACCUGCAGGUGACAAAAUGACGGAACCUGUCAGGAAAACCCUUUAUUUAACCUUAAUUGGGAUGUUGGGCCACCCAGAAGACAUUACAAGGACUGCGGCAUCAGGUUGUUUAGGUGCAUUAUGUCGCUGGUUAUCACCAGAACAGCUGAAUACAGUUAUGCAAGACCAUUUAUUAGUUGAUGACAAUUCGGUGGACCAAAACAUCAGGCAUGGAAGAGGAUGUGCACUAUUCGUUGCGCUGAAGGAGAGCCCUGAAACAGUCUACACGGAUAAGUUUGCAGAUGGGGUCAACAAUGUUCUCAACUCUUACUUGACAUCAGAGAAAGUACCUAUUGCAAUGAAUGGAAUCAGAGCCUCAGGAUACCUGUUUAAGCAUUUAAUGUCAAAUAGCCAACCACUACCUCCAAAAGUUUUGACAGUUUUUGUUAAGACGAUGAACCACUCCAGCAAUGACGUUAAACAAUUAUUGAGCAAAGUCUGUUCCUUCCUCGGAAAAUCGAAUAUUGAGCUAUCGCCUGAGUUCCUCAAAGCUGUUCUCCCUGUCCUCGUAAAUGGAACAAAAGAAAAGAACAGUUAUGUCCGUGCAAAUAGUGAACUAUCUCUCGUUUCCGUCUUGAAGCUGCGGCAAGGAGAUGCUGUACAACAGAUGUGCUUGAAUCUUUUGGAUGUUGGUGCUCGAGAAUCGCUGAAUGAUGUAAUCACCAAGGUUCUGCGUAAAGUUGCCGGCCAGUCAGAAACGAAAUUAGAGGAACUUGAUGAUACCAUCCAAACAUGAUAUCACUUGCUUGCACGCCUGAAGUUCCCUGCCACCAGAUCUAAGUUGCAUUUCUACUCAUCCAUUUUUUUCACCCUCCAUCGUUUUGUAGUUGCUCAAGAUAAUUCUUCUCACAUUUGUAUUAUAUUGUUAAAAUUUAUGUUUUUGAAGUACAGUCUUGUCAGUAAUUUCAA